AGUUUUGGGGGGGGGGGGAGAGAGAGACAGAAAAAAAGCAAAACAGCAAAUCUCAGAACUUUUAUUUUUUUGAGAACAACAACCAAACCAUGAAGUUUGCAGCAAUUUCCGCGGCGGGAGUACAAAAAUGACCGAAGAAUCGCAUCCAGACCAUGACAACUACAUUGUACGUGUCAAAGCUGUGGUUAUGACCAGAGAUGACUCGGGAUGGUUACCACAAGAUGGAGGUGGUCUCAGUCGAGUUGGCGUCUGUAAGGUCAUUCAACCAGAGGGCACUGGGAGAAGUGAUUUUCUCAUCCAUGGUGAACGGCUUCGAGACAAACUGAUUGUAUUGGAAUGCUUCUUGAAGAAAGACCUGGUUUACACUAAAGCAACACCUACAUUUCACCAUUGGAUGAUUGACAACCGGAAGUUUGGACUUACAUUUCAAAGCCCUGCUGAUGCACGAGCAUUUGACCGAGGAGUGAGAAAGGCAGUCGAAGACCUGACAGAAGGGUCAACAACAUCCUCUUCAACAAUUCAGAACGAAGUGGAGGUCGGCGAUGAUGAUGUUUUUACAGCUGCAACGGAUAGUUCUUCAAACUCAUCCAACAGGAAAGAGCAGGCAGUCAGAGUGCUCAAUCCUACAAUCAGCGAGUCUCAUCGACCCCUCUGUGCUCUGGGACGAGCACACGGUCACUACAGCCCUGACCACUACCGUCUGGAGCAGUCUGUACAGAAGCAACGUCAUGUUAGCUUUCGAGAUGACGAUGAAGAAAUUGUCCGUAUUAAUCCUCGGGAGAAAGCAUGGUUAAGAGAGAGAUACGAAGACUACAGAUAUGCUGCUGUGCGUCCAAAAUAUAAUGAGCAUGGUGAUAUGGAUUCCUAUGUACAUUUUGAUAAAAGUGAUGCCUCAAAGCAUGACUACAAUUACCCUUAUGUAGAGAACUCUGAUUUGGGGCUCUGUAAAGAUUUGAAAAGUGGUGUUGUGAAGAUUCAACCUAUGCCAUCAAAAUCAAAACUCCGGAGGAGGAUAGAUGAUGGCGAAAGGUCGCGAUGUGUGUACUGCAGGGACAUGUUUAAUCACGAGGAGAAUGGUCGAGGUCAGUGUCAGGAUGCUCCAGAUCCUAUUCGAACCUGCAUCCGUCGAGUGAGCUGUAUGUGGUGUGCAGACAGCAUGCUGUAUCACUGCAUGUCUGAUCCUGAAGGAGAUUAUUCAGACCCUUGUUCUUGUGAUACCAACGAUGAAAAGUUCUGCCUUCGUUGGCUAGCUUUGAUAGCCUUAUCGUUCAUUGCUCCCUGUAUGUGCUGUUAUCUGCCCCUUCGAGCAUGCUACAAAUGCGGGGUGAUGUGCAGGUGUUGUGGUGGAAAACAUAAAGCAGUUGGAUGACUUGUA